CCCUGGUUUUUUGGUUAGUUAGUGCUAGAUCCGUAUCCUCCGUGGAUCUAAUCAGGGGGCUCCUUUUUCUUCAAUGCUUUUUUUGGUUGCUAACUAUAUAAUGGAGAACAAAGGUCCGUCCGAUUUGUUUCAGAUUAAGACUUUCUAUAUCGAUGUCUCUUUCACACUUCAUCAGAUAGACAUAUCACUUCUGUAAUUUCUUACACACAGAUUCUCUUUUCUUGUUGCCAUACAUAAUCAAGAGAACAAGUCCGUCCUCUCUUUCAGAAUUUUUAGAUCCAAGUCGACUUCAGAGUUCAGAACUUCAGAUAGAUAUACAGAGAAUAACACCUAACUUCCACAACCGAGAUGACGGACGGCGGCCAAGGCAGCGAACUUGCUGCUCUGGAGAAAGUGUUGCUCGAUGAAACUGCGGAUCCAGUCAAUCUACCUUUCUCGCUGCUCAGCUCCAUCACAGGAAAUUUCUCUGAAGCUCAGGAAACCGGCAGGGGCGGGUUCGGAGCCGUUUACAGGGGAGUGCUUCCAAGUGGUCGCUCUAUCGCGGUGAAGCAGCUCUUCGAGAGGUACGAGAUCCUGGACAAGAAUUUCGAGACCGAGGUCACCUGUCUCGCGGGGGUCAAGCACAAGAAUACCGUGAGAUUUCUCGGGUACUGCUCUGAGACGCAGCAAGUACUGAUGCCAUAUGAUGGGAAGCGUGUCUUGGCAGAUGUGCGGCAUAGGCUGCUCUGCUUUGAGUACAUGCCCAAAGGAUGCCUUGCUGACUAUGUCUCCGAUGCAUCUUGUCGACUUCAGUGGACCACACGUUACCAAAUAAUUAAGGGGAUCUGUGAGGGCGUACAUUAUCUUCACCAACAGGGUAUUAUUCACAUGGACCUCAAACCUCAGAAUGUAUUAUUGGAUGAUAACAUGGCGCCCAGAAUUGCGGAUUUCGGUCUAUCACAUCGCUUAAGUGGAAGCCAGAGUCGGGCUAUUACUGAGCACAAGCUUGGGACAAUGGGAUAUAUGGCACCAGAAUUCUUAAUUAGUGGAGAAAUCACCUUCAAGACCGACAUAUAUAGUUUGGGCGUUAUUGUAAUGCAGAUCCUUAUGGGACAUAAGGAGUGCUCCAGUGUUAAGGAGGUAGUUGAAAGCUGGACGGACAUGUUUGGGAUAUCAAAUAGUCACACAUCAUUGGAACAAGUAAAGGCAUGUGCCGAGAUAGGGAUACAAUGUACGAACUAUUACCCAGGGAACAGGCCGACUACAUGGUUUAUCAUCCAUAGAAUACUGGGUGACGCGGAAAUUUCAAAUUGGCCUGUUACAAGUGAUGUAGGUGCCUCAACAGAAGGGCAGAUAAGCAUUGCCUCCAAGCAGGCGGAUGAGUUGAAAUUAAUGGAUGGUUCUGCUGCUACACCAUCCAAACUGCCACCAUCAACAUUGGAGGUGGAGCAGGACGAUAGCAAAUUGAGCCAGGAGAGGAAGAGGAAGGCAUCAAACAUAAGCUCCUCGAAGCUAGCGGAUGAGCUGAAGUUGAUGGGUAAUUCUGUCGCUAGUGGCAAGCUGAUGGAUAAUUCUAUCACACCAUCCCAACUGCAACCAUCGGCACUGGACGUGGAGAAGGAGGAUGGCAAGAUAAGCUUCUCCAAGAUGGCGGAUGAACUAAAGUUGGUGGAUGAUUAUGUUGCACCAUUCCAACUGCAACCAUCAUCGCUGGAGGUGGAGCAGGAGGAUGCCAAAGUGAGCCAACAGAAGAAGAGGAGGGCAUCAACCGUGAGUGUGGCGACCGGGGUGAUGAGCACCCUUAGUGGCAAGCUUACCACUUUCAUCAACGAUGAGUACAAUAAGCGCAAAGAGGUAAGGAAGCAGACGUCGUUCCUUGAGAAGGAGUUGAGUGCCAUACAUGCUGCUCUUGAGCUGCCGGAGCUCAUGAAUGAGCUUGCUCCAAGUGUAAAAAAAUUGGAGGGAUGAUCUCAGAGAGAUUUCCUACGACAUGGAAAAUUGCAUUGAUGACUUCAUCCGCCAAUUCGGGGGUGAGGAUGUUGAGGUAGGUUUUUUCUGGGAGGCUGCUGAACUUCACAAGAGGUUGUGCGAGCUUCAUCAGAUUUCCAACCAGGUGGAAGAGCUUAGGACUCUUGCGGUAGAAGCAAAUGCUCGACGAGAGAGUUACAAGAUUGAUGAUUGCAAGCCUAGCUUUGGCCCUGUGGCUGUUGACACUCGUUUGCGAGCGGUCUACCAGGAGGCGGCCAACCUUGUGGGCAUUGAAGGCCCUAGAGAAGAGGUUAUUAGUUGGUUGAUGAAUACUCAGAAAAAACUAAAGGUUGUGUCCAUUGUUGGUUUUGGAGGCCUGGGUAAAACUACACUUGCCAAACAGGUGUUUGACAAGAUCAAAGGGCAUUUUGUUUGUGUGGCAUUCUUUUCAGUUUCGCAGAGGCCUGAUUUGAGAGUGCUUCUCAAUCGCCUACAACUGAAACUUGGGAUAAAUGUAUCUUCUCACGAUUGCGGGUUUGACGACAUCAUUGAAGAGCUAAGGAAGUAUCUCAUAGAUAAAAGGUACCUUAUUGUAGUUGAUGACUUGUGGGAUCAAUCAGCAUGGAAUACUAUUAGUUGUGCUUUUCCAGAAAAUGGAAAUGGGAGUAGAAUAAUUGUAACCACACGAGUGGAAGAUGUGGCUGGCAUGGCCUGUCAUAAUAACCGUGAGUGCAUUUACGCAAUGAAGCCCCUCAGUGAUCAGAACUCAAGAAUGUUAUUCUCAAAUAGAGUAUUUGGGUCUGAAGUUGUUUGUCCACCCCAUCUUAAAGAUGUUGCGGCUGAAAUUCUGAAGAAGUGUGGUGGUAUGCCGCUCGCAAUUAUCACUAUAGCUAGCCUAUUAGCUACUCAAGUGAAAUCAAGGAAACACUGGGCGAGCAUAAGGAAAUCUCUGGGUGCCCAACCUGCCACAAAUCCUUCAUUGGAAGAGAUAAAAAAAUAUUAAACCUUAGCUACACACAUCUUCCUCUUCAUCUCCGGCCAUGUUUUCUGUUCCUUGGUAUGUAUUCUGAGGACCACAUCAUACUACGGGAUGAUCUAGUUAAACAAUGGAUAGGUGAAGGCUUUGUCAGCAGUUUGCAUGGGCCAGAUUUGUAGGAUGUUGGCAAGAGUUAUUUCAAUGAGCUCGUCAAUAGAAGCAUUAUUCAGCCAUGUGAAAUUAGCUACGGAGAGGUGUUGUCUUGCAGAGUACACGACAUGAUGCUUGAUUUGAUCUUAAGCAAGUGUGUAGAAGAUAAUUUUGUAAGUGUGGCACACAAUUCUGAGGACAUGGCAAGACUGCUGCAUCUCAGCAAAUACAAGGUUCGCCGGUUAUCCCUGUGCUCCAUGGCUGUUGGUGGAGCAACAUAUGACACUGCUAUUGCUACUAGGCUGUCACAAGUUCGAUCAUUACUGCUCAAGAACGCUAUACUCCCUCUUUUGUGGUUCAAGUACCUUAGGGUGCUAAUCAUUUUCAAUGACCGGGAGAUAGUUGACCUCA